CACCAUCGACGGACCAACUGUUGCUCAGCGGAUCUGGGUUAUUUCUCAACUCCUGCACAUUUCUAAAUGUCAGAGUAAAAAACAUGUUCAGCCCGUCGGGUUUGUCCGAGUGCUUGCGGGAGUGGGAUGAAUUGGAGAAAGACUACCAGCAGGUCCAGGACACUCAGCGUUUAUACAAACAGAAGCUGGAGGAAGUGACCAAACUUCAAAACAGCUGUUCCAGUGCCAUCGACCGGCAGAGGAAGAAACUGAAAGAGCUCACCGCGUCACUAGGAAAAUGCAAAGGAACCCGUCCAACAGACUUGAGUCCAGAGGAUAUGGCGUCCAUCGCUGAGAUCAAAGAGUCCAUCAAAGAAAAAACAGAUACUUUCUUUGAGAUGGAAGCUUUUCUCCCAAAGAAGAACGGACUUUACCUCGGUCUCGUUUUAGGAAACGUCAGCGUCACGCUCCUCAACAAACAGACAAAAUUCGCCUACAAGGAUGAAUAUGAGAAGUUUAAACUCAUCCUCACCGUCAUUCUCUUCAUAUUCUCCUUCACGUGUCAAUUUCUGUUCAGCUACAGAGUCCUGGACGCCCUGUUUAACUUCCUGUUGGUGUGGUACUACUGCACGCUCACCAUCAGGGAGAGUGUCCUCAUCAGCAACGGCUCAAGGAUCAAAGGCUGGUGGGCUUUCCAUCAUUAUUUGUCGACCUUCUUGUCUGGAGUCAUGCUCACGUGGCCUGAGGGCGCUCUCUACCAGAUGUUCAGAAGCCAGUUCCUGGGCUACAAUCUCUACCAGAGCUUUGUUCAGUUCCUGCAGUACUACUACCAGAGCGGCUGCCUGUACAGACUCAGAGCUCUGGGAGAAGGACACAACAUGGAUGUGACAGUCGAGGGUUUCCAGUCGUGGAUGUGGAGAGGUCUGACCUUCCUCCUUCCCUUCCUGUUCUUCGGUCACUUCUGGCAGUUCUACAACAGCGUCACGCUCUUCAGGAUGUUCCAGCUCCCGGAGUGUAAAGAGUGGCAGGUGCUGAUGUGCGGCUGCUCCUACAUGGCCCUCUUCAUGGGGAACUUCCUCACCACCCUGCGAGUGGUUUACCAGAAAUACAUGGGCAACCAGGACAAGUCCAAGAGCGUCUGAGACUGCAGCACUGGAGAGACUAAACCGCCCAAAAUGCCUCUUUUAUUCACAGGAAUUAGGAAAAAGAUUUUACACGUUUCUAAUGUUCUCCGGCUUUUUGUCGUCUUUAUGAAAGUUUACCUGCUGCUUCCAUCAACAAAGCUUUACGUUUAUAUAAAUAUUUAGUAAGUGGAUCCGUGCACUUGUGACUGUUGAGGAAUAAUUAAAUAAUUCAGGUACUUUGUAGGUCUUCCUUGUGUUUCAGGAGGAGCGUCUCGUUAACGCGAUGCUGCGACUGCCGUCGUUAAAGAGCUUUAUUUUAUUACUACUCAGGAUCUGCUGCUUCUGGAAGCCUCUCGGAAAGUUUUCUGCUGAAUAAAACACUCCUGAAUUC